GUGGGACCGAAGACCUUGGCAAUGCCCAAUGGACCAGCAAGAAGCUCUCAGAAAAUUUGCCGACAUUGGGAAGCCAGACCUUGCUACCGACUUUCUCUAUACAUGUCUUACUCCUGAAGUACGCGAGAAACUUACAUUGGAACAAUGUGCCACAAUUCUAUCAGAAGACCCUACGUUGCACGAGAAGCUUAAGGAGGCACAUAGAUCACAGAAUCUGGAGGCGCUUGACAACCUUUGUGUCCAUGUUAAACGAAUUGCAUGGAGAUUUCAUCCUCGUCUGGGGAGGAUGAACGAACUGAUUCGGUCAAUUUCGUUGGAUGGAAAUAUAGCAUCUAUAGCUAGAGGAGAAUCGGAACAACAUUUUUGGACGUCGAAUAGCGACGAUGCACAAAUGGAGACCACGGUUCACGUUGGGAGCUUGCGUAUUCCAUUGGGGAAACCGAAUGAUGCAGUCCCUCUGAUCAUUCUCCAUGAAUUGGGUAGCUUUCAGCAUAGUUCCAAAUCUAGGGAAAAGUUAGACCGAAUUUUUUCUUCAUCGAAUCACACAUUCCUCGUGAACACAUCGGGUACAGGAAAAACAAAGCUCCUCUUCGAAGGCCUAUGCCUCCAUUGGGGAUUUUACUUCACGUGUGCUAUAGACGCAUCCUGCCUUGGAUCAUCCGAUCUUCCUUCUGUUCUAAACCAGCUAAAAUGGGAUAAAAAUUGGACGUCUUACCUACCACGUGCACCUACUUCUGACUCUGACUACUCCUCGUCCUUACAAGCCAAUAGACGAUUAGUGUACCGCGCGGUAAGCGAAGUUUUGUUGGCACGGUUCCUCGUCUUCAGGAUGUUUCUGGAAAUCUGUUCAAAGCAGGGAUUCUGUCUUGCACAGCGGCAACGCUGGUUGGAAUUACAGAUAUCCCCAAUGAACGUCAUACCGUUAUACGACUUAUUCGGAAUGAUCAAAUCUAAAAUUACAGAUGCUUGUCUAAGUGACGAAGAACUGGAUGAGGCGAUGCUGAACUUGUUGGACGAAAUACAGAGCACAUGGGAAAUUGCUGCUGGUGAUUUCUUUUACAUCGCAGUAGAUGAAUCAAACGUAGCGUCGCGAAAGCACGAGGAGGCGUUUGAAGAUGAACACGGCCGUUAUCCUAUCUUGAAAGAAAUCAUACGCAGCCUCCGACGACGGGUGGGCUAUUUUCCCUUCAGAUUUGUUGUAUCUGGCACGAUCAUUCCCGAAGACCAUUUUCAGUCGACCGUCGGCGAGUGGGAUGAUUUUCGCUGGUGCUCAGAUACUGGGUCUUUUGAUGACCCAGAAGAACACCGCCGUUAUGCCACCAAAUUUUUGCCUCCCAGAUUUGCCACUUCAAUCUCUGGGCAGGCUUUAUUGGACCGUAUGUGGCAGUGGUUGCGUGGACGGCAUCGUUACACAGCGUCCUUUCUUGCAGUGUUACUCUACAACGAUUUCCACAGCCCUCAUACGUUGCUGGGUAAUUAUGUCGAAAAUAUCACUGAAUAUCUUCCUCAUGAUAACGGUAAAUACUCGGAAGGAGAGAAGGGUCGUUCUAAUGAUUGGUACCUACCACUUGGUCAUAAGGGACUUGGCUUGCGGUCACUUAAAACAGUCACAGUAGAAAUGCACCGUGCAGCCACUUCCUUUUUGAGUACUUCGACGGGUUGCAUUGACUGCUUAACAGAGGAUAGAGUCCUGAUCACUGAAGAUUACGGAUAUUUCAUUGACCCUGACUGCGCUCAAAUUGCACUCAAUGAGCCCAUAACAGUGACUGCUGGCGCAAUGUGGCUCAAGAAAAAUUCUUACUUCGGUUUUGAAAAGUUUAUCAGGAUUUUUUGCAAGAGAUCCGAGGUUUUCGUUCAUCCUACUCAUUUUGCACAUUUUCUGGCUUUCUGGCUUACCUCGAUCUCGGGACCUCCCUGCGAAAUUCCAGAUACGUACAGAAGCUUUGGAUCACCCACAGUAAUACCGAGCCACUGCAAAAUUUCAGAUGCGUUCAGAAUCAUCGGAUUACCUGCAGCCCUCCCCGAAAUGAAACUUGUCACUUUCACAAAGAUAGAACAACGAUUUGAAGCAGUGGACGUCCAUCUGCGGGAGGACAUCUAUGGCAAGCUGGUUUUUAUGGCCAAUAGUAACGAAGAUAUACUCUCGUGGUUCAAACACGAGCGGGACGAACCAUUCUGUGCUUUGUUGUCUUCCUCGAGCAACACUGUGAUCCUAGUAUUUUGCUUACAACGUGCCGAUGAACAAUCGUUCUGGGUGUUCGUACGGAUUUCAUCAAAGUCCACAAAUGAAGAGGAUAUAGAUUUUGCGCAGGAGAUUGACGACCUCCACCCUACCAAAGUCUUUCAUGACCAGCCUGACAUACUUUCGCUUCUCAGCAACUUACCGAACCUCUGUCUCGAAGUCGGAGACUUCGGUGUCCUCCGGAUUUCGGGAUCCUCCUGGGCUGAGAACGCGAGCGAAGAUAGCAUUCCUCCUGAACGACGUCCGGCUGGGGUUUUGAACAUUGACGGCUUGGACGAGGCUGAAAAGGGGGUUCCUUAUGAGGAGUUUAUGCGUCGUCUUUCGCAGGCCAUCGUUCAAACCAAGAAGAAGGUGGAAACUGCGCUUCCGCCACCAGUAGUCGAGGACUCAAAGAAGGGUAAGAAGCGCGGUAGAUCCUCGACUGUACUUGAAGAUAGCGCAACUACCCCCAGUGUCGCUAGAACUCGCAAAACCAAAAGCGUUCGGUCCACUAGGGGAGAUGUUUCGGAUCGUAGGGCUGCCAGCACUCGAAGAACCAAAAGCCUGAAGUCUACCAAUGUGAAUGUUACAACAGGAUCUGACAACAAACCUGGGCGUUCAAACGAUCGUCAAGUCACUGGAAGGAUUCUGCGAUCUCGUCGCAGUCUAGGUCGAAUCAGCGAUGUUGCCCCAGGACGUGUUUCGACUGUGGUGACUCGUCCUGACCGAGUUGAACCUAUAGCUUCAACGUCGUCUUCGACACCAUACAACUUGCGCAAGCGAUGAAUGGGUUAUUUGCUGUCUUGAUCAUUUUUGUAUUCAUCAUAUUGGAUGUACGUUUAUACCGACAGCGCCAUGUAUUCCUUCUAUCUAUCUAUGUACCAAAUGUCAGUAUCUACCCGCUUGAAUGCCAACUUUGAUACCGAUAUCAC